AUGUCAAAAAGAUUAUAUGUUGUAAAUGAGAUUGUAUCAACUGAAGAGUCAUAUGCACGGGCAUUACAAACUGUUGUUGACCUAUAUAUUAAUCCACUCAAAGGAAUGGAUUUAAUUAGUGAAGAAGAUAUGAAAUGUUUAUUCUGUAAUUUAGAAGAAUUAUUGGAUGGGGCCAAUCAAUUAACAAAACAGUUAAAAGAUCGGUUAAAAGAGUUUGCACUCAAUGAUAAUAUAUGUGAUGUAUUUUUAUUAAACAAACCAUUAUUUAAUCGAUUUGGUCCAUAUAUUCAAAAUUAUGAAAAGGCUUCAUUAUUAUUUGAUAAGUUAUCUAAAAAAAAGAAAUUUGAAGAGUUUUGUGAAACACAAAAAGAAAAUCCAUUAUCUAAUAAUGGGAACUUAAUGUCAUUCUUAAUAUUCCCUGUCCAAAGAAUUCCUAGAUAUAUUUUAUUAAUGAAAGAAUAUAUUAAGAAUACAGAAAAAGAUCAUCCAGAUGCAGUUAUUGCAGAACAGGUAAGAAGAUAUUUAGAUUCAUAUGCUAAAGCUGUUAAUGCAAUUAUUGCAAAUGAAAACAAUAAACAAAAGAUGAGAGAUAUUAUUAAAAUGUUUACUGACUUAGAUCCUAAAACCGAAGAUGAUUUAAAAACUUUACCUCGUACUUUAGUACGUGAAGGUAUUUUAAGAAAACAAUGUAGAAAAGCUGUAAAAGAAAGGUACUUUUAUUUAUUUAAUGAUGCAACAGUAAUUUAUGGUGAACAACAAGGAAAGAAAAUACAAUUUCAUCAAUUAUUAGAAUUAACUUCUGUUAAAGAUAUAGAAGAUUCUGACAUUAGUCAAAAUGGAUUCCAACUUAAAGGACUUCAAAAAUCAGUUGUUGUUUAUGCAGAAACAUUUGAUGAAAAAAAAGAGUGGGUAAUGGAUUUAAAUAAAGCGUUCACUGGUGAAAGAAAAUAUGAAUUUGAAGAAGAGUUAAGUGAUAAUGAAGCAGCUCCAACAUGGAUACCUGAUGAUAACGUUUUGGAUUGUAUGAAUUGCCAUUCAAAAUUCACUUUAUUAAAUAGAAGACAUCAUUGUAGAAAAUGUGGAAGAGUUUUAUGUGCUGAAUGUACAAAGAGAAGAGUUGUUAUUCCUCAUAUUAGUUCUAAACCCGUUAGAGUUUGCGAGAAUUGUGCUACAAAAUUUGAAAACAAAGAUUUUGAAGGAGUUGAUGAUAACUCUGAACAUGUUAAUGCAGAUGGAAUUGUUCCUCCUUCUUUACCUAACAUUCCUCCUCCACAAAGAAAGCAACUAAUUAAAAUUAGUUCGAUGUAUCCAACACUUCAACCACCAUCAAGAGAACCACCUGAAUUACCUCAGUAUGAAUCUUAUUAA